CCCCGGUUCCGCUUUUGGCUGCGGCCCCGGGCCCCAUUCAUUGCCCCGCUGCUGAGCGGCGUCGCGUCGCCGCGAGUCGGGCCCAGGGCUCCGGGAGUUGCCCCGGCCGGACGGGAGGCCGCCAUGGCGACCCUGGAAAAGCUGAUGAAGGCUUUCGAGUCUCUCAAGUCCUUCCAGCAGCAGCAGCAGCAGCAGCAGCAACAGCAGCAGCCUCCGCCGCCUCAGCCUCCUCAGCUGCCGCCGCAGACGCAGCCGCCGCCGCCGCCCCCGCCCCCGCCGCCGCCGCCCGGCCCGGCCGUGGCCGAGGAGCCGCUGCACCGACCAAAGAAAGAACUCUUAAACACCAAGAAAGAUCGUGUGAAUCAUUGUCUGACAAUAUGUGAAAACAUAGUGGCGCAGUCUCUCAGAAAUUCUCCAGAAUUUCAGAAGCUCCUAGGCAUCGCUAUGGAACUCUUUCUGCUGUGCAGUGACGAUGCAGAGUCGGAUGUCCGGAUGGUGGCCGAUGAAUGUCUCAACAAAGUCAUAAAAGCUUUGAUGGAUUCUAACCUUCCGAGGCUGCAGUUAGAACUCUAUAAGGAAAUUAAAAAGAACGGUGCUCCUCGUAGUCUGCGCGCUGCUCUCUGGAGGUUCGCUGAGCUCGCUCACCUGGUUCGGCCGCAGAAAUGCAGGCCUUACCUGGUAAACCUGUUGCCUUGCCUGACUCGAAUAAGCAAGCGACCUGAGGAGUCUGUUCAGGAGACCUUGGCUGCAGCUAUACCCAAAAUUAUGGCUUCCUUUGGCAAUUUUGCGAACGACAAUGAAAUUAAGGUCCUGCUGAAGGCUUUCAUGGCGAACCUGAAGUCCAGCUCACCAACCAUCCGGCGGACGGCUGCCGGGUCGGCGGUGAGCGUCUGCCAGCACUGCAGGAGGACGCAGUACUUUUACAGCUGGCUACUGAAUGUGCUCUUAGGCCUGCUGGUUCCUGUGGAGGACGAGCACCCCACCCUUCUCAUCCUGGGCGUGCUGCUCACCUUGAGGUACCUGGUGCCCUUGCUGCAGCAGCAGGUCAAGGACAUGAGCCUGAAAGGGAGCUUUGGGGUGACGCGCAAAGAAAUGGAAGUCUCUCCUUCCACGGAGCAGCUUGUCCAGGUUUAUGAGCUGACUCUGCAUUACACGCAGCACCCGGACCACAACGUUGUCACUGGCGCCCUGGAACUGCUGCAGCAGAUUUUCAGGACGCCUCCCCCGGAGCUCCUGCAGGCCCUGACCACAGCUGGUGGCCUCGGGCGGCUCUCUAUGGCCAGGGAUGAGCCGAGCUGUCGGAGCCGGAGUGGGAGCAUUGUGGAGCUCAUAGCUGGAGGGGGUUCUUCAUGCAGCCCUGUCCUCUCAAGAAAACAAAAAGGUAAAGUGCUCUUAGGAGAAGAAGAACCCUUGGAAGACGACUCUGAAUCCCGGUCAGACGUCAGCAGCUCCACCUUUUCAGCCUCCGUGAAGGGUGAGAUCACCGGUGAGUUGGCUGCUUCUUCCGGGGUGUCGACUCCUGGGUCUGUGAGCUCAGCCGCCGACUCCACAGGUCACGAUAUCAUUACUGAGCAGCCCCGGUCGCAGCACACUCUGCAGUCGGACUCUGUGGACCUGGCCAGCUGCGACCCGGCAAGUGCUGCCACUGAGGGGGACGAGGAGGACAUCCUGAGCCCCAGCUCCAGCCAGAUCAGCGCUGUCCCGUCUGACCCCGCCAUGGACUUGAACGACGGGACCCAGGCCUCCUCCCCCAUCAGCGACAGCUCCCAGACCACCACAGAAGGUCCCGACUCGGCCGUGACCCCUUCGGACAGUUCUGAAAUUGUGUUAGACGGUGUGGACAGCCAGUUCUCAGGAACGCAGAUCGGUCAGCUGCAGGACGAGGAGGAGGAAGUAGCUGGCGUUCUUCCCGACGAGGCCGUGGAUGCCCUCAGAAACUCUCCGGUCGCCCUUCAACAAGCGCGUUUACUGACCGGCAUGGGGCACAGUAGGCAGUCUUCUGACGGCAGUGUGGAUAAAUUCCCAGCAAGAGAUGAAGCUGCUGAGCCAGGUGAUCAGGAAAGCAAGCCUUGCAGAGUCAAAGGUGACAUAGGACAGUCCACUGAUGACGACGCUGCUCCUCUGGUCCACUGUGUCCGCCUUUUAUCGGCUUCGUUUUUGCUAACUGGGGAAAAAAACGCACUGGUCCCAGAUCGGGACGUGAGGGUGAGCGUGAAGGCCCUGGCCGUCAGCUGUGUCAGUGCAGCCGUGGCCCUUCAUCCUGAGUCUUUCUUCAGCAAACUUUAUAAAGUACCUCUCGACAUCGCGGAAUACCCCGAGGAGCAGUAUGUCUCAGACAUCUUGAACUACAUUGAUCAUGGAGACCCUCAGGUCCGAGGGGCCACUGCCAUCCUCUGCGGGACCCUCAUCUACUCCAUCCUCAACCGAGCCCGCUUCCACGUGGGUGACUGGCUGGGCACCCUGCGAAGCCUGACAGGAAAUACGUUUUCUCUGGCGGACUGCAUUCCUUUGCUGCAGAAAACCUUGAAAGAUGAGUCUUCCGUUACUUGCAAGUUGGCUUGUACAGCAGUGCGGCACUGUGUCAUGAGCCUGUGUGGCAGCAGCUACAGCACCUUAGGCCUGCAGCUGGUCAUCGACGUGCUCGCGCUGAGGAGCAGCUCCUACUGGCUGGUGAGGACGGAGCUCUUGGAAACUCUCGCGGAGAUCGACUUCAGGUUGGUGAGCUUUUUGGAGGCAAAAGCAGAGAACUUACACAGAGGGGCUCAUCAUUACACAGGGCUUUUAAAACUGCAAGAACGAGUGCUCAAUAAUGUCGUCAUCUAUCUGCUUGGGGACGAAGACCCCAGGGUGCGGCAUGUUGCCGCGGCAUCCUUGAUGAGGCUUGUCCCAAAGCUGUUUUAUAAGUGUGACCAAGGCCAGGCUGAUCCAGUGGUGGCCGUGGCGAGAGAGCAAAGCAGCGUCUACCUGAAGCUUCUGAUGCACGAGGUGCAGCCCCUGUCCCACUUCUCCGUCAGCACCAUAACCAGAAUCUAUAGAGGCUAUAACUUACUACCGAGCAUCACAGACGUCACCCUGGAAAACAACCUUUCCAGAGUGAUUGCUGCGGUUUCCCGUGAGCUAAUCGCGUCGACCACUCGCGCACUCACAUUUGGAUGCUGUGAAGCUUUGUGUCUUCUAUCAACUGCCUUUCCAGUCUGCGUCUGGAGUUUGGGUUGGCAUUGUGGAGUCCCCCCGCUGAGCGCCUCAGACGAGUCUAGAAAGAGCUGUACCGUGGGGAUGGUCACGAUGAUCCUCACGCUGCUCUCGUCAGCCUGGUUCCCCUUGGAUCUUUCCGCUCACCAGGACGCUCUGACUUUAGCUGGGAACUUGCUUGCAGCCAGUGCUCCCAAAUCUCUGAGAAGCUCAUGGACCACCGAAGAAGAAGCCAAUCCAGCGGCCACCAAACAAGAAGAGGUCUGGCCAGCUCUGGGUGACCGAACCCUGGUGCCCAUGGUGGAGCAGCUCUUCUCUCACCUGCUGAAGGUGAUCAAUAUCUGUGCACACGUCUUGGACGAUGUGGCUCCUGGACCAGCAGUAAAGGCAGCCUUGCCUUCUCUGACAAACCCCACUUCUCUAAGUCCAAUCCGACGGAAGGGAAAGGAGAAGGAAGCAGGAGAGCAGGCCUCUGUACCACUGAGCCCAAAAAAGGGCACAGAAGCUGGUGCAGCUUCUAGACAAGCUGAUACCUCAGGGCCCGUUACAACAAGUAAGUCCUCAUCGCUAGGAAGUUUCUAUCACCUUCCUUCAUACCUCAAAUUGCAUGAUGUCCUGAAAGCUACUCACGCCAACUACAAGGUCACCUUGGAUCUCCAGAACAGCAGCGAGAAGUUCGGGGGGUUUCUGCGCUCUGCCUUGGAUGUUCUUUCACAGCUUCUAGAACUGGCAACUCUGCAGGACAUUGGGAAGUGUGUUGAGGAGAUCCUUGGGUACCUGAAAUCCUGCUUUAACCGGGAGCCGAUGAUGGCGACGGUCUGUGUUCAGCAGUUGUUGAAGACUCUCUUUGGAACAAACUUGGCGUCACAGUUCGACGGCUUGUCUUCCAACCCCAGCAAGUCUCAAGGCCACGCCCAGCGUCUCGGCUCCUCCAGUGUGCGGCCAGGCCUCUACCAUUACUGCUUCAUGGCGCCAUAUACCCACUUCACCCAGGCCUUGGCAGAUGCCAGUCUGAGAAACAUGGUGCAGGCGGAGCAGGAGCCGGACGCCUCAGGGUGGUUCGACGUGCUCCAGAAAGUGUCUUCCCAACUGAAAACAAACCUCACAGGCGUCACAAAGAACCGUGCAGAUAAGAAUGCUAUUCAUAAUCACAUUCGCUUAUUUGAGCCGCUUGUUAUAAAAGCUUUAAAACAGUACACAACAACAACAUCUGUGCAAUUACAGAAGCAGGUUUUAGACUUGCUGGCGCAGCUGGUUCAGUUACGGGUCAAUUACUGUCUUCUGGAUUCGGAUCAGGUGUUUAUUGGAUUUGUGCUGAAACAGUUCGAAUACAUCGAAGUGGACCAGUUCAGGGAAUCGGAGGCGAUUAUCCCAAACAUCUUUUUCUUCUUGGUAUUGCUGUCUUAUGAACGCUAUCAUUCAAAGCAGAUCAUUGGAAUUCCUAAAAUCAUCCAGCUCUGCGAUGGCAUCAUGGCCAGUGGGAGGAAGGCUGUGACACAUGCUAUCCCGGCCCUGCAGCCCAUUGUGCACGACCUCUUUGUGCUGAGAGGGACAAACAAAGCAGACGCAGGAAAGGAGCUGGAGACCCAGAAAGAGGUGGUGGUGUCUAUGCUGCUGAGACUCAUCCAGUACCACCAGGUGCUGGAGAUGUUCACCCUCGUCCUGCAGCAGUGCCACAAGGAGAACGAAGACAAGUGGAAGCGGCUGUCGCGACAGAUAGCGGACAUCAUCCUGCCCAUGCUGGCCAAGCAGCAGAUGCACGUUGAUUCUCAUGAAGCCCUUGGAGUGUUAAACACUUUAUUUGAAAUCCUGGCCCCCUCGUCCCUCCGUCCUGUGGACAUGCUUUUACGGAGCCUGUUCGUCACUCCAAACACAAUGGCAUCUGUGAGCACUGUUCAGCUGUGGAUAUCGGGGAUCCUCGCCAUUUUGAGGGUUCUUAUUUCCCAGUCAACUGAAGAUAUCGUUCUUUCUCGCAUUCAGGAGCUUUCCUUCUCCCCAUAUUUAAUCUCCUGUCCGGUAAUUAAUAGGUUAAGAGAAGGGAGCAGUAAUUCAAUGCUGGAAGAGCACAGUGAAGGGAGACAAACGAAGAAUUUGCCAGAAGAAACCUUCUCCAGAUUUCUACUCCAGUUGGUCGGCAUUCUCUUAGAGGACAUUGUCACCAAACAGCUGAAAGUGGAAAUGAGUGAACAGCAACAUACUUUCUAUUGCCAAGAGUUAGGCACACUGCUGAUGUGUUUGAUCCACAUCUUCAAGUCUGGAAUGUUCCGGAGGAUCACGGCGGCUGCCACUAGGCUCUUCACCAGCGACGGCUCCGAUGGCAGCUUCUACGCCCUGGAGGGCCUGAACUCGCGUGUGCGAGCCAUGAUCCCCACCCACCCGUCCCUCGUGCUGCUCUGGUGUCAGCUCCUGCUGCUGGCCAACUACACCGACUACCGCUGGUGGGCCGAGGUGCAGCAGACCCCAAAAAGACACAGCCUUUCCAGUACCAAGUCACUCAGCCCUCAGAUGUUGGGAGAGGAGGAGGAGUCUGACUUGACCUCCAAACUGGGAAUGUGCAAUCGAGAAAUCGUGCGAAGAGGAGCGCUCAUUCUUUUCUGUGAUUACGUUUGUCAGAACCUGCACGACUCGGAGCACCUGACGUGGCUCAUCGUGAACCACAUUCAGGAUCUCAUCAGCCUGUCCCACGAGCCCCCGGUCCAGGACUUCAUUAGCGCCGUCCACCGGAAUUCUGCCGCCAGCGGCCUCUUCAUCCAGGCAAUUCAGUCUCGCUGUGAAAACCUUUCGACUCCGACCAUGCUGAGGAAGACGCUGCAGUGCCUGGAGGGCAUCCACCUCAGCCAGUCGGGCGCCGUGCUGACGCUGUACGUGGACCGGCUGCUGGGCACCCCGCUCCGCGUGCUGGCGCGCAGGGUCGACACCCUUGCCUGUCGCCGCGUGGAAAUGCUGCUGGCUGCAAAUGUGCAGAGCAGUGUGUCUCAGCUGCCGCUGGAAGAACUGAACAGGAUUCAGGAGUACCUUCAGAGCAGCGGCUUGGCGCAGAGACACCAAAGACUCUACUCCCUGCUGGACAGGUUCCGUCUCUCCACUGUCCCUGAGUCACCAAGUCCCUCCCCUCCUGUCACUUCCCACCCGCUGGACGGGGAUGAGCAGAUGUCCCUGGAAACAGUCAGCCCAGAUAAAGAUUGGUACAUACGCCUCGUCAAGUCCCAGUGUUGGACUAGGUCGGAUUCUGCGCUGCUGGAAGGCGCGGAGCUGGUGCAUCGAAUCCCUCCUGACGAGCUGGGCGCGUUCAUGAUGAACCCGGAGUUCAACCUAAGCCUGCUGGCCCCAUGCUUAAGCCUUGGCAUGAGUGAAAUUUCUGGAGGCCAGAGGAGCCACCUCUUUGAAACAGCCCGUCUGGUGACUCUGGACCGUAUGACCAGCAUCGUCCAGCAGCUCCCUGCCACCCACCAGGCGUUCCAGCCUUUCCUGCCCGCCGAGGCCUCGGCCUACUGGAGCAAGCUGAACGACCUAUUCGGGGACACCACACUGUACCAGGCGAUGACCACGCUGGCCCGGGCCCUGGCCCAGUACCUGAUGGUGCUCUCUACACUGCCCAGCCAUCUGCACCUCCCCCGCGACAAGGAGCAGGAUGCUGUCAAGUUUGUGGUGAUGACACUCGAGGCCCUAUCGUGGCAUUUAAUCCAUGAGCAGAUGCCGCUGAGCCUGGACCUGCAGGCCGGCCUGGACUGUUGCUGCUUAGCACUGCGGCUGCCGGGCCUCUGGCUCGUUGUCUCCUCCCCAGAGUUCGUGAGCCACGCCUGCUCCCUCAUCCACUGCGUGCGCUUCAUCCUCGAGACCAUUGCAGUGCGGCCUGGGGACCAGCUUCUCAGCCCAGAGAGGAGGACGAACGUGCCAAAGGCCAUCAGAGAGGACAGAGUGGACUCAAACACCCCAUGUCCACAGUAUAUCAGCACAGCCUGUGAGAUGGUGGCGGAAAUGGUGGAGGCCCUGCAGUCAGUGCUCGCCCUGGGUCACAAAAGGAACAGCUGCACACCCGCCUUCCUCACCUCGGUGCUAAAGAACACCGUGAUCAGCCUGGCCCGCCUACCCCUCGUCAACAGCUACACACGGGUCCCGCCCCUGGUGUGGAAACUCGGGUGGUCACCCAAACCCGGAGGGGACUUUGGCACAGCACUUCCUGAGAUCCCUGUGGAGUUUCUUCAGGAAAAGGAGGUCUUCAAAGAGUUCAUCUAUCGAAUCAAUACCCUAGGGUGGACCAGCCGCACCCAGUUUGAGGAAACGUGGGCCACCCUCCUCGGAGUUCUGGUGACACAGCCUCUCGCCAUGGAGCAGGAGGAGAGCCAGCCAGAAGAAGACACAGAGAGAACCCAGAUCAACGUCCUGGCUGUGCAGGCCAUCACCUCCUUGGUGCUAAGUGCCAUGACCGUUCCUGUGGCCGGCAACCCUGCUGUGAGCUGCUUGGAGCAGCAGCCCCGGAACAAGCCCCUGAAAGCGCUCGAAACCAGGUUUGGGAGGAAGUUAAGUGUUAUCAGAGGAAUUGUAGAGCAGGAAGUUCAAGCAAUGGUUUCCAAGAGAGAGAAUAUCGCCACCCAUCAUUCGUAUCAAGCAUGGGACCCCGUCCCUUCUCUGUCUCCAGCUACUACAGGUGCCCUCAUCAGCCAUGACAGGCUCCUGCUCCAGACCAACCCCGAGCGGGAGCUGGGGAACAUGAGUUACAAGCUUGGCCAGGUUUCAAUACACUCUGUGUGGCUGGGAAACAACAUCACACCCCUGCGGGAAGAGGAGUGGGACGAGGAGGAGGAGGAGGAGGCUGAAGUGCCCGUGCCUUCCUCACCACCCACGUCGCCUGCCAACUCCAGGAAACACCGGGCUGGGGUGGACAUCCAUUCCUGCUCGCAGUUUUUGCUUGAACUGUACAGUCGCUGGGUCCUGCCAUCAAGCUCAGCCAGGAGAACUCCCGUCAUUCUCAUCAGUGAAGUGGUUCGAUCUCUUCUUGUGGUCUCAGACUUGUUCACUGAACGCAACCAGUUUGAGAUGAUGUACACGACGCUGACAGAGCUGCGGAGGGUGCACCCUUCAGAAGACGAGAUUCUCAUUCAGUAUCUGGUGCCAGCCACGUGCAAAGCAGCCGCCGUCCUGGGCAUGGACAAGGCCGUGGCCGAGCCAGUCAGCCGUCUGCUGGAUAGCGCGCUCCGGAGCAGCCACCUGCCCAGCCGGAUCGGGGCCCUGCACGGUGUGCUCUACGUACUCGAGUGUGACCUGCUGGACGACACCGCCAAGCAGCUCAUCCCUGUCGUCAGCGACUACCUGCUCUCCAAUCUCAAGGCCGUCGCCCACUGCGUGAACGUCCACAGCCAACAGCACGUCCUACUGAUGUGUGCCACCGCCUUCUACCUGAUCGAGAACUACCCCCUGGAUGUGGGGCCUGAGUUCUCUGCCUCCAUCAUCCAGAUGUGCGGUGUGAUGCUGUCGGGCAGCGAGGAGUCCACCCCAUCGGCCAUCUUCCACUGCGUCUUGCGGGGCCUGGAGCGCCUCCUCCUCUCGGAGCAGCUGUCGCGGCUGGACACCGAGUCCUUGGUCAAGCUGAGCGUCGACCGUGUCAACGUGCACAGCCCGCACCGCGCCAUGGCCGCCCUGGGCCUGAUGCUCACUUGCAUGUACACAGGGAAGGAGAAAGUCAGCCCAGGGAAGACGGCAGACCCCACCCCUGCAGCCCCGGACAGCGAGUCGGUGAUCGUGGCUAUGGAGCGGGUAUCUGUCCUUUUCGACAGGAUUCGGAAGGGCUUUCCUUGUGAAGCCAGAGUGGUGGCCCGGAUCCUUCCACAGUUUCUGGACGACUUCUUCCCACCCCAGGACGUCAUGAACAAGGUCAUCGGGGAGUUUCUGUCUAACCAGCAGCCGUACCCCCAGUUCAUGGCCACUGUUGUGUACAAGGUGUUCCAGACGCUGCACAGCACGGGGCAGUCGUCCAUGGUGCGCGACUGGGUGAUGCUCUCGCUCUCCAACUUCACACAGCGGACACCCGUGGCCAUGGCCAUGUGGAGCCUCUCCUGCUUCUUUGUCAGCGCCUCCACCAGCCCUUGGGUGUCAGCAGUCCUCCCACACGUCAUCAGCAGGAUGGGCAAGCUGGAGCCGGUGGACGUGAACCUCUUCUGCCUGGUCGCCACAGACUUUUACCGCCACCAGAUAGAGGAGGAGCUUGACCGCAGGGCCUUCCAGUCUGUGUUCGAGGUGGUGGCGGCCCCGGGAAGCCCAUACCACCGGCUGCUGAAGUGUUUGCGGAAUGUCCACCAGGGCACCACGGGCUGAGGCUGGGGAGUGGGCGGUGAGGAGGGGCGGUGGGGACUCUGCGGAGCAGCUGUUCCGGAUGGCUUACGCCUUGCCAGCACAGGGCCAGGCGGCCACUGUGUCUUCUGCCAUCUGGCAGAAACGCCCCUUUGUGGUGAGGGGACCAUGCAGGGAAUGUAGGUGGGAACGUCGGGGUCGAGCCGGAGUCCUCACAGGAAGGGAGAGCAGCCCUCUUGCUAGCCCUCCAUGCUGUAGCUAGCGUCAGACGCUGUUAACCGGAGCCAGGCCAAAGCCGUUCCUGCAUCUGGGACACGAUGCCCCUACCCCUGCAGGCGGCCACUAGCCUCUCCAUCUGUCCCCUGGGUGGGAGUUGGUGUCAUCGAGCUCUGGAGGGUGCUCCCCCAGCGAGAUGCAGGCGGCCUGGGUCUCCGGACACAUGCACUCUGGGGGGUGGCGGGCAGCAGACACCCAGCCCAUCCUUCCCUUUCUUUUCUUCUCAGGAUUUGAAAUUGAAUUCUAUCAGUAAAGAGAUGAAUUUUAACGUAACUAUUUCUAUAUCCAUGUGAGCGAUAUGGCUCGUGCGACACGCUGCAUGCGGGCAUGAGCCAGAACCUCUCUGUGCCUCGUGCCCCACACCUGCCAGGCGCUUCCUCUCACAUCACCCUAAACAUGCCGUCAGCGUGUCUGGGGCCUGUGUCCCCCUUGUUAUGCAUCUGCGCCUGGUCAGGACGCCCAUGUACAGGAACUCCCACCCACCACCGUAGGAACCGAGGGAGGGAGAGUGCCCCGAGCCUCACCCGCCUUAUGGGGCUGCUUGCCUGUCCUUCAGCCACAGCCUCUGGGAGGUGUCCUCUGUGCCAUCCCAAGCAGGCCCUGUGCUGGCCAGCCCUCAGACUGCCAGCAGGUGGGCAUUGCUGCCUGCCCACACCCCCCUGUACAGCAAUGCCCAGCCGGGACCCCAAACCACGUUUUAUCUGAGCCCCUCUGGGUCAAGAAUAAACCGGGUAUCUGGGCAGACCCCAGCUGCUCUGGGCCCUUCCUCCAACAUCAGCCGGGGGAGUGCAGACCUGUGUGGUUGGGUGGGGCAGGAGAAGGGGUGGCUCCAGGGCCCCAGCAGGGCCUCAGCUCCUGUCCCCUGGCCCAAGGCCUAGGCUGACAUUUUGUUCCUAGGGCAGAGGUGACCCUGGGCCCCAAGAGCAGGCACACUUGAUGCAGGGCUGCGAAUCUCUUCCAGCAGGGGCUUCUGGCUGGCCUGGGGUGGCCCGUGGGUCACUCAGUGCUCUGCCGCCCGAUCGGCUUGGUCAAGAGCACAGAUGCAGCCUGUGGUUUGGGCAUUCGGUGUGGUGAGUGGAGGCCAUUUUACAGCUAUUUCCUGAGCCUGAAAAGGAAGAGAAAUUUGAGUAUCUCGAGUUAGUGUCACCUGAGUCCAGGCCACACUGCCGUUUCCAUCGCUUCAAAGUGUCUGCACCUGGGAGGCUGUGGGGCACAGGUGGGGCUCCCCAAGAGCCCCUGUGCUGGCCAAGAGUGGCCACCUUCUCCAGCCCUUUCCUGCCAAACCAGCAUGAGGCAGGUGUGCCUAGGCCACAAGAGGGGCUUAGAGGCCUCCUGUGAGGCCUUCCCUGCUGGCCACCGCUCAAAGGCCACACCAGUGGUGUGAGCAGCGCAGACGGUAGAAGGGCCUGGUGUCUGAGUGGACCACUGCUGAGUACUAACCGAGAAGUAAGUCACCUUCUCCCAGGCCUUGUCCCAGCUCCUCCUCCUAACGAGUCCUCUAGACGUGUUGUGAGACGCGGAGACACCCCCCUCCACACACCUGUCAUUGGCUCUGAGGGAGGCGAAGUAUCACAGCCAGAUGUCCUGAGCAGAUGUUCACAUCUGAAAGCAAUGACACUGUGGGUAUGAAAUUUGGGACCAUUCCACGGCAAAAUUUCUGUAGCUAGGCCCAAUUUAGAGCUUAAUUGACCUUGUCUGUGAUAGGAUCUAAAACAUUUAGUUGUUAACAAAGGUUCUUGGAGCUAGCUCUGGUGAGAGUGCCAAGCCAAAGACCCACCUGCCUGCCCCCGGUUGAGAUGAUUCAUCCAGACAGAGAGUGUGUACGUAUAUGCCUAUGUGUGUAUAUGUAUAUACGUGUAUAUAUAUGUGUAUACCUGUAUCUUAAGACAAGCGUGCAAGGCCUCUGCUGAUGCUGCUGUAGCAGAAGCUGACUUUCUUAGAUCUGACACAGUCUGCUGCAUGGCCGGGACGCUCGGUAAAAGGUGAGGUCGUCACUCAUUAAAACCCCACCUUAUCAACUGUCUGCAGAAGGGAUUGACUUUAUCAAGUUCCCAGAAAGUUCAGACAAGCAACAAUCGUGUUAGCAAUCCAAGUUCUGUUGGAAAUGGCUUUCAUUUGAUUGUCAGGUGGUUUUGGUUUUCUGCUGUUAUGUCAGGAAAGGGUUAAUGAAGCCGGGGUAGACUUGCUCUUCUCAGAAACGUGCCUCCCCCUGCCGGCCCGGCCGGGUAGCGCAGGAGGCUUUCUGCAAUGGCCAAGUGCCAGUGCUGCAAGUGUGGACUUCCAGAAAGAGAGUGAAGCUGGAACGCCUCUAGACACCCAGAACGUAGAGUGGGGAGGGUGUUACUCUGAAAGACCCCACCCCUGCACCUGCCUUUCCCGAUGGGGUCACUUCCUGAAGUGGGCAGGGCCCUGCUGGUGAGUGAUGGACAGGCAUAGAUAGGGCAGCAGUCCAGCUCAGGACCAUCUCAGGGGACACGGAUCACUGGAGAGCCUGGAGUUGGUUUGAGUCUGGUUUGUUGCUGGAGGGCGGAGUCAGUAACCCCGGGUCCCCUCAUAAUUUUCUGCUUUGGGCCUCACCCCUCCCUGCCCUGCGUUCCUGUAUGGAGAGGCCCAAGGGUGCUGAGUUCUGGAGAAAAGGACCACCUGGACGCCCCGUGACUGCCUCAGGCACCUGGAGGGUUCAGCUGUGCUUCCCUGUGGGCCUGUCCGACCUGCAAUCUGAGCAUCCUUCCCAGAGGGAGCAGGGCUGCAGUGGCUGCGGCAGGUGGGGGUAGCCAGGCUUCGCUGGCCCCUCCCUGCAGGGGCCUCGCUCUCUGUCCAAGCGGGGCUUCUUGCCCACUGUCAUCAGAGGGCAGGUGGCUGUCGGCACACUGCCACGGCCGCAUCGCUGUGUGCUGGGUAUGUGAGGCUGUGGUGGGCGACCCACAGCCCUGGCCCUUGCCUGGCUGUCCGCUCCAGAGAGCAGGGAGGGCAGACGUGAGGUGGACGUUGGACUUUUUUGAAAUGGCCGCAAACACUGUAUAUCCAAAAAUAAACCACACGUUGUUGCUGCAUGA